AUGGUACUCGACCAGGUCUGCGUCUCUACGCGGCACACGCUUAAGUGCGCCAAUGAAGCGACAAUCGCCACAAUCGAAUCCCCUUUCAGCCUAGGGCCAAUGGACCAUAUUGUGCCCAAAAUGCUGACUAUCGAAGCCAUCUUUGUCUGGAAGAAACCAACAACGCUGCCGGAAGACGACUUCUUUCCUAUUGAACGGUUGAAGGUGGCCGCAUCACACCUCCUUGACUAUUAUCCACAUUUAACUGGCCGUCUGCAGCAGAAUCCAGUGAGCCAAGCUCCAGAAAUUGGUAGUUUGGGCACUGGGGCUGAGAUUUGGGAGGCAAAGUGCGCCAGAAAACUUAGAAACAUCGUCGCGUCUGCCCUCUCCGGUCGUAUCUUGGUGAUCAAACUGCCAGACUCUGGGAAUGCACUUCUACCAAUUUUCCAUGCGACAAUGGGAGCUGUCUCCCACGAUCCUAUCUUCGCCAUGCAGCACACGCGAUUCGGUUGUGGGGGUGUCGCACUAGGCAUUCGAGUUCAUCAUCUAGUCUGUGAUGCCACUGGGUUUAUGCAGCUCGUCCGUGAUCUGGCUGAUAUCUACAAGCAACUGCGUGACUCUUCUCCGCCCACACUCAUCUCUCCCCCUCAUAUUAUCUCACACUUUCGAGGAACCAAUAGCCCUUCGGCCAGCCAGAAAGAGAGAGCUCUUGCGUUCAACCCUCCGAAGUUUGACCUCGACACAAAUAACACGGAUAUGCCAGGACCAUCAAUCUCUCCCACUGUCAUCGCUUGCCCUCUGCGCUUUCAAGGCCAAGAUCUGAUAUCUCUCAGCAAUGCUGCAUUCGACCCUCGCGCCCAAGAACAAACCUGUUUCACCACAUUCGAGCUCGUCUCGGCCUAUCUCUAUCAAAAGAUCUAUCAAGCCAGAGUCAAGGUUCUCCGUGACAGGGGGAUUACACCAGAUCUAGACUUGCUACAGUCACUUCGCGAGUUUUGGACAACCAUGGACAUGCGUGACUCCACCCGUCUGAAGCUCCCUGCGCGCUACUUCCCGAACGCCGUCCACUGCCUCUCAACUUCCACCUCACACGAAUUACUUGAAAAAGGCGACUCCUGGCAGGUUGUACAAAUUGUCCAUGAUGCAAUUCACUCGGUAGACAUGGACGAGGUCAAGCAGCAGUUUGAAUGGAUCGCCGCACAGCCCGACAAAAGUCAUAUCAAGUCCAAGGACGUAGUUCCAAGUGGUGGCUUUCUCGCUACACAGUGGACCAGGGGUAAGACAUAUGUCGGUGUUGAUUUUGAAGUCGCCGCUAAUGGGAGGCGUAUUGCUCCCGAUCUGGUAUCACCUGCUUUCACUGAAAGCCAUCGGACAGAUGGUUAUGCAAUUAUCCUGUCCACCGAGGAGCAGUUACCUCGACGUCACUUGAAUGGACGCCUUUUGGCUGGUGCCUAUCUCCCUUGUGCUGUUGAUGUUAAUUUGGCUCUGGAUGGGCCGGUAUGGGAUGUGCUCAACAAUGAUCCUGACUUCUUAGCCCUCCAUUCCUGA